UGUCCGUUAAUAAUCCGACCAGUAAUUUGGUAAAUAUAUAAUAAAAAAAAGAAAUGAUUGUAAAAUAAAUAAAAAAUAAAAAUAUCGCGUUUAUUAAUUUAAAAAAAAAUAAAAUAAAAUCCAAAGCAAUUUAAAAAUUAUAAAUUCUUUUUUAGUGUAUCUUAAUUAAAUAUUUAUAUAGAAUAUUAUAAAAAAAUUUAAAUGAACAGGUGGGAGAUGACGUUAUCCGUAUUACCUGCGUACCUGUUAAACUUGGCCGAUUUACUCCGAGCAAAAGCGAAACAAACCGAGUUGAAGGUGUUAAUAUUAAAAACACACACACUACCGGUUAACUUGACCGGUACUGUAUCUAAAAAAUAUAUACAUGUAUAAAUGUAUUCAUCUACCUGCAUAUUUACCUGUACAAGAUGGUACAACAUAUGUACAAUAUACUUGUGGUGUCAGCAAUAAAUAUACAAAAGAUAAACUUACCAACAACCAUUUAAAUAUCAUCGAAAUUAUAUAACGUUAUUAAAAUAAUUAUCAACAAGUAAAUUAUAUAUUUAAUUAUAUUUUUAUAAUUUAUAUUUAAAAAAAAAAUAUAAAAAACAAUUGAGUAUAAGUGUGUGUGUGUAUUGAUGUGUGAUAGUUGUUUGGAGAAACGAGAAAAGUUUUUUAAAAAUAUUAUCCUUGUCUGACUCUAUUUUUUCAACAUCGGAGUAAUCACCCGGGGUCUUGGAUCUCAAUCGUCUCCGCUGGCCUCCACGUCGUCAGUUUACUCCUCGUAAUUGUCGGACAAUCAGGAAUGACACAAGAUAAUUAUUUAUCAAACAAGAGGAAUAUUAUUUUUUAUUUAAUACAGUGUUUUAUAUAAUUUGUGUUGAAAUAUAUUGUUUAGAAAAUAUACAUUUUUGUUUUUUCAAAGUGAAUUGUAGUUUUUCGAAAUUUUUUUAUUUCGUUAACAAGUUAUGAGUUUUAAAUUUUUAAUAUUCAAAUUUUUAUCAUUAACAAAGUGAUUAAUAUUACAUUCACGAGGUGGCGGGCCAAAGUGCACGCCAAUCACACCACAAAUAAUGGUCAUCGUAACCCGAGGUGAUUACAUAUGGAUCGAGCCAAUUUCAGGAAGAGAAUUUGAUGUUGCAAUUGGAGCACGUGUGAUAUCAGCUGAAGGAAGAAGAAUUCAAGUUAAAGACGACGAUAAUACGGAACAAUGGCUAACACCAGAGAGAAGAAUAAAAGCAAUGCAUGCAACAUCAGUACAGGGUGUCGAAGAUAUGAUAAGCCUUGGUGAUCUUCAUGAAGCUGGAAUAUUAAGAAAUUUAUUAAUUCGUUAUAAUGAAAAUUUAAUAUAUACAUAUACUGGUUCAAUUCUAGUCGCUGUAAAUCCAUAUCAAAUAUUACCAAUAUACACUGCUGAACAAAUAAAAUUAUAUAAAGAUAGAAAAAUUGGUGAAUUACCACCUCAUAUAUUUGCAAUUGGUGACAAUAGUUAUGCACAUAUGAAUCGUUAUGGACAAGAUCAAUGUAUUGUUAUUAGUGGUGAAAGUGGUGCUGGAAAAACAGAAAGUACAAAAUUAAUAUUACAAUAUCUUGCUGCAAUAAGUGGUAAACAUUCAUGGAUUGAACAACAAAUACUUGAAGCAAAUCCAAUACUUGAAGCAUUUGGUAAUGCUAAAACAAUUAGAAAUGAUAAUUCAUCACGUUUUGGUAAAUAUAUUGAUAUACAUUUUAAUGAUAAAGGUGUUAUUGAAGGUGCUAAAAUUGAACAAUAUUUACUUGAAAAAUCACGUAUUGUAUCACAAAAUAAUGAUGAAAGAAAUUAUCAUAUAUUUUAUUGUAUGCUUGCUGGUUUAUCAUAUGAUGAAAAAAAAAAAUUAGAACUUGAUAAUGCAUCAAAUUAUAAAUAUUUAAUUGGUGGUGGUAGUAUAACAUGUGAAGGACGUGAUGAUUCAGCUGAAUUUGCUGAUAUACGUUCAGCAAUGAAAGUAUUAUUAUUUACUGAUAAUGAAAUAUGGGAAAUAUUACGUUUACUUGCUGCAUUAUUACACAUGGGUAAUAUUAAAUAUCGUGCAACAAUUGUUGAUAAUUUAGAUGCAACUGAAAUAUCAGAACAUACUAGUGUUAAACGUGUUGCUCUGUUACUUGGUGUACCAAUACAAUCACUUAUUGAUGCAUUAACACGUAAAACAAUAUUUGCACAUGGUGAAACUGUUGUAUCAACAUUAUCACGUGAUCAAUCAGUUGAUAUACGUGAUGCAUUUGUUAAAGGUAUAUAUGGACGUUUAUUUAUACAUAUUGUUAAACGUAUUAAUGAAGCAAUAUAUCGUCCAAAAAAUAAAUCACGUAGUGCUAUUGGUGUACUUGAUAUAUUUGGUUUUGAAAAUUUUCAUCAAAAUAGCUUUGAACAAUUUUGUAUUAAUUAUGCUAAUGAAAAUUUACAACAAUUUUUUGUACAACAUAUAUUUAAGCUAGAACAAGAAGAAUACAAUAAUGAAUCAAUCAAUUGGCAACAUAUUGAAUUUGUUGAUAAUCAAGAUGCACUUGAUUUAAUUGCAAUUAAACAGUUGAAUAUUAUGUCAUUAAUUGAUGAAGAAUCAAAAUUUCCAAAGGGCACUGAUCAAACGAUGCUUGCUAAAAUACAUAAAACACAUGGUUUACAUAGAAAUUAUUUAAAACCAAAAUCUGAUAUGAAUACAUCAUUUGGUUUAAAUCAUUUUGCUGGUGUUGUAUUUUAUGAUACACGUAGUUUUUUAGAAAAAAAUCGUGAUACAUUUAGUGCUGAUUUAUUACAGCUAAUUCAUAUAUCAACAAAUAAAUUUUUAAAAGUAUGUUUUAUUGAUGAUAUUGGUAUGGGUUCAGAGACACGUAAACGUGCACCAACAUUAUCAACACAAUUUAAAAAAUCAUUAGAUUCAUUAAUGCGUACAUUAUGUAAUUGCCAGCCAUUUUUUAUAAGAUGUAUUAAACCAAAUGAAUAUAAAAAACCAAUGAUGUUUGAUCGUGGUUUAUGUUGUCGUCAAUUACGUUAUUCUGGUAUGAUGGAAACAAUUAGAAUACGUAGAGCUGGUUAUCCAAUACGUCAUGGUUUUAAAGAAUUUGUUGAACGUUAUCGUUUUUUAAUAUCUGGUAUACCACCAUCACAUAAAACAGAUUGUCAUCUAGCAACAGCUAAAAUAUGCCAAAUUGUAUUGGGUAAAUCUGAUUAUCAACUUGGACAAACAAAAGUUUUUUUAAAAGAUGCACAUGAUUUAUAUUUAGAACAAGAACGUGAUCGUGUAUUAACUAAAAAAAUAUUAAUAUUACAAAAAAAUAUACGUGGUUGGGUUUAUCGUAGACGUUAUUUACGUAUACGUCAUGCAACAAUAAUAAUACAAAAAUUUUGGCGUGCAUAUGAACAAAGAAAAAAAUAUAAACUAAUGAAAUCUGGUUAUAUGCGUUUACAGGCACUUGUUAGAUCACGUGUUUUAUCACAUAGAUUUAGACAUUUACGUGGUCAUAUUGUGUCAUUACAAUCACGUUCAAGAGGAUAUCUUGUACGUCAAAUGUAUCAUAAAAAAAUGUGGGCAAUUGUUAAAAUACAAACACAUGUACGUAGAUUAAUUGCACAAAGAUGUUAUAAAAAACAAAUGUAUGAAUAUAGAUUACAUAUUGAAGCAUUAAAAUUACGUAAAAUUGAAGAACGUGAAUUAAAAGAACAGGGUAAUAAACGUGCUAAAGAAAUUGCUGAAAGAAAUUAUCAACAACGUAUACAAGAAUUAGAAAGAAAAGAAAUUGAAAUUGCUAUUGAAGAUAAAAGAAGAAUGGAAAUUAAAAAAAAUAUUAUAAAUGAUGCUGCUAAAAAACAAGAUGAACCAGUUGAUGAUAGUAAACUUGUUGAGGCAAUGUUUGAUUUUUUGCCAGAUUCAAGUAGUGAAGCACCAACACCAGCACGUGAAACAUCUGUAUUUAAUGAUUUACCUGGUAUACAUAAUGAUUCACGUGAUAAUAAUAAUCAAAUUAAAAGAAAAGCAUUAAUUAAUCAUGCAAAUAAUAAAAAUAAUGAUGAUGAAGAUAACGGAGAUGAUGAAAGCAAUGAUAUUCAUCAUCAUCAUCAUCAACAACAUCAACACCAUAAUCGUGGUAAAGCUAAUGCUAAUGUUAAUGCAAAUGAUAUUGAUGAUGAUGAUGAUGAAAAUGAAAAUAAUCAUGAUAAUGCUGACGAUGAUGAUGAUGAUGAUAAUAUUGAUGUUGAUAAUGAUGAUGAUGAUAAUAAUAACAAUGCCAAUAAUAUUAUUGAAGAUUUAACUGAAUAUAAAUUUCAAAAAUUUGCAGCUACAUAUUUUCAGGGUAAUAUUACACAUCAAUAUUCACGUAAACCAUUAAAACAUCCAUUGUUACAAUUGUUGACACAAGGUGAUCAACUUGCUGCACAAGCAUUGUGGAUAACAAUAUUACGUUUUACUGGUGAUUUACCAGAACCAAGAUAUCAUACAAUGAAUCGUGAUACAACAUCUGUUAUGUCAAAAGUAACAGCAACACUUGGACGUAAUUUUAUACGUAGUAAAGAAUUUCAAGAAGCACAAAUGAUGGGUAUGGAUCCAGAUACAUUUAAACAAAAACCACGUUCAAUACGUCAUAAAUUAGUUAGUUUAACAUUAAAAAGAAAAAAUAAAUUAGGUGAUGAUGUUAGAAGAAAAUUACAAGAUGAUGAAUAUACUGCUGAUAGUUAUCAAUCAUGGUUGGAAUCACGUCCAACAUCAAAUCUUGAAAAAUUACAUUUUAUUAUUGGUCAUGGUAUACUUAGAGCUGAAUUAAGAGAUGAAAUAUACUGUCAAAUAUGUAAACAAUUAACAAAUAAUCCAUCAAAAUCAUCACAUGCAAGAGGUUGGAUAUUGUUGUCAUUAUGUGUUGGUUGUUUUUCACCAUCAAUAAAAUUUGUAAAUUAUUUACGUUCAUUUAUAAGAGAUGGACCACCAGGUUAUGCACCAUAUUGUGAAGAUCGUUUAAAACGAACAUUUAAUAAUGGUACAAGAAAUCAACCACCAAGUUGGCUUGAAUUACAAGCAACAAAAUCUAAAAAACCAAUAAUGCUACCAAUAACAUUUAUGGAUGGUAAUACUAAAACAUUAUUAGCUGAUUCAGCAACAACAGCACGUGAAUUAUGUAAUCAAUUAUCAGAUAAAAUAUCUUUACGUGAUCAAUUUGGUUUUUCAUUGUAUAUUGCAUUAUUUGAUAAAGUAUCAUCAUUAGGUAGUGGUGGUGAUCAUGUUAUGGAUGCAAUAUCACAAUGUGAACAAUAUGCUAAAGAACAAGGUGCACAAGAAAGAAAUGCACCAUGGCGUUUAUUUUUUCGUAAAGAAAUAUUUGCACCAUGGCAUGAACCAACUGAAGAUCAAGUUGCAACAAAUUUAAUAUAUCAACAAGUUGUUAGAGGUGUUAAAUUUGGUGAAUAUAGAUGUGAUAAAGAAGAUGAUUUAGCUAUGAUUGCUGCACAACAAUAUUAUAUUGAAUAUAAUAAUGAUAUGAAUAUUGAUAGAUUAUAUGCAUUAUUACCAAAUUAUAUACCAGAUUAUUGUUUAACUGGUAUUGAUAAAGCAAUUGAUAGAUGGGGACAUCUUGUAUUACAAGCAUAUAAAAAAAGUUAUUAUCUUAAAGAAAAUAUUAGAUCAUUACGUGUUAAAGAAGAUAUUGUUAGUUAUGCUAAAUUUAAAUGGCCAUUAUUAUUUUCACGUUUUUAUGAAGCAUAUAAAAAUUCAGGACCAAAUUUACCUAAAAAUGAUGUUAUUAUUGCUGUUAAUUGGACUGGUGUUUAUGUUGUUGAUGAUCAAGAACAAGUUUUAUUAGAAUUAUCAUUUCCAGAAAUAACAACAGUAUCUAGUCAAAAAACAAAUAAAAUAUUUACCCAAACAUUUUCAUUGUCAACUGUACGUGGUGAAGAAUUUACAUUUCAAAGUCCAAAUGCUGAAGAUAUACGUGAUUUGGUUGUUUAUUUUUUAGAAGGUUUAAAAAAACGUAGUAAAUAUGUUAUUGCAUUACAAGAUUAUAAACCACCAAUUGAUAAUACAUCAACAUUUUUAAAUUUUAAUAAAGGUGAUUUAAUAAUACUUGAUGAUGAUAAUACUGGUGAAAGUGUGUUAAAUAAUGGUUGGUGUAUUGGUAUAUCAGAUAAAACUGGUGAAAAAGGAGAUUUUCCAGCAGAAACUGUUUAUGUAUUACCAUCUCUAACAAAACCACCAAAUGAUAUAUUAUCAUUAUUUUCAAUUGACGAUAAUAAUACAGUUUAUAAUAACAAUAACAAUAAUAAAUUUUAUUCACAACAAAAUAAUAUUAAUAGUAAUAGUGGUAGUAUUAAUAAUAUAUCAACAACAACAACAACAACAGCAACAAUUAAUGGCAUUGAUAUUAUCAAAGAUAAACCACAUACAUUAAUUGAUUAUGCUAUUGAUCAUUUUAGAUUACCACCUAAAAGAACAAUAUCAAAAACACUAACAACAGCAGCAAGAAGAGCUAAUAUUAAUAAUAAUAUUAAUGGUAAUAAUAAUAGUAAUAAUAUAAAUAAUAUUGAUGAUAUUUGGCGUCAUUCAAGAGAGCCAAUAAAGGCACCAUUAUUACGUAAAUUAAUAUCAAAAGAUGAACUUGCUGAAGAGGCAUGUUAUUCAUUUAAUGCAAUAUUAAAAUACAUGGGUGAUUUACCAACAAAAAGGCCACGUAUUGGUAAUGAAUAUACGGAUAUUAUAUUUGAUGGUCCAUUAAAAAAUGAAAUAUUACGUGAUGAAAUAUAUUGUCAAAUAAUGAAACAAUUAACUGAUAAUAAAAAUCGUUUAAGUGAAGAAAGAGGAUGGGAAUUAAUGUGGCUUGCAACUGGUUUAUUUGUAUGUAGUCAAAGUUUAUUGAAGGAAUUAACAUUAUUUUUACGUACACGUAGACAUCCAAUAUCACAAGAUUCACUUCAAAGAUUACAAAAAACAUUGAAAAAUGGACAACGUAAAUAUCCACCACAUCAAGUUGAAGUUGAAGCAAUACAACAUAAAACAACACAAAUAUUUCAUAAAGUUUAUUUUCCUGAUGAUACUGAUGAAGCAUUUGAAGUUGAUUCAUCAACAAAAGCUAAAGAUUUUUGUCAUAAUAUAUCACAAAGAUUAAAUUUAAAAUCAUCUGAAGGUUUUAGUUUAUUUGUUAAAAUUGCUGAUAAAGUUAUAUCAGUACCAGAAGGUGAUUUUUUCUUUGAUUUUGUACGUCAUUUAACUGAUUGGAUUAGAAAAACAAGACCAUCUAGAGAUGGUAUAUCACCACAAUUUACAUAUCAAGUUUUUUUUAUGAAAAAAUUAUGGACAAAUACUGUACCUGGAAAAGAUAAAAAUGCUGAUUUAAUAUUUCAUUUUCAUCAAGAGCUACCAAAGCUAUUGAGAGGUUAUCAUAAAUGUACAAAAGAAGAAGCAUCAAGAUUAGCUGCACUAGUUUAUCGUGUACGUUUUGGUGAAAAUAAACAAGAACUUCAAGCAAUUCCUCAAAUGCUGAGAGAAUUAAUACCUGGUGAUUUGGUUAAAAUUCAAAGUACCAAUGAUUGGAAAAGAUCAAUAAUUGCUGCUUACAAUCAAGAUGCUGGAAUGAGUCCAGAAGAUGCAAAAAUAACAUUUUUAAAAAUUGUCUAUCGUUGGCCAACAUUUGGAUCAGCAUUUUUUGAAGUUAAACAAGGAACAGAACCAAAUUAUCCAGAAUUAUUAUUGAUUGCUAUAAACAAACAUGGAGUUAGUUUGAUACAUCCACAAACAAAGGAUAUACUGGUAACUCAUCAAUUUACAAGAAUCUCAAAUUGGUCAUCUGGUAAUACAUAUUUCCACAUGACUAUUGGAAAUUUAGUUAGAGGCUCGAAACUUUUAUGUGAAACAUCAUUAGGAUAUAAAAUGGAUGAUUUAUUAACAUCAUAUAUUUCACUUAUGCUGACAAAUAUGAACAAACAACGAACAAUACGAAUACCCAAAUCAUAA